GCGAGGGCCACAACGAUGAGCUGCUGUGGGAGGAAAUAUGUACUCUACUUUCCAGCCCUGUGCGUGUCUGUGGGUGCAGCAUGCUCGAUUUGCAAGUGGCGUGAAUGAAUGUGUUGACUGUGUUGGUGGGCUUAAAAAGGGCUUGCAGCACAGACAGAAGCAUCAUAUCUGUCUCAGCCAGACGCACGCAAUGACAAGUCUCACCUUUGUCUCGCUUCUCCUUGUAACUAUGAUGGUGUCCACGGCCUCAGCUCAAGGUGGGAUAGGCAGUUGUUGUCGACAUCUUACAAACACUCAAAUCCACCGAGAAAACCUGAGGAGUUAUUACAAACAAUCUAAAUCGUCAUGCCCUAUAAACGCAGUGGUAUUUACCACGCUGAGAAACAUUAGGAUCUGCUCUAACCCAGAGAGAAUGUGGACACAGACCAGCAUGGCCUACCUGGACGGAAAAAACUGGCAAAUCCAACAUACUAUCUCACACAAACACCAUCGCUGACACAAUAAGACAGCAAUAUUGAAACUAAUACUAAAAAAGCCAUAUUCCCAAAAAAAUUAUAUCUAUUAUAUUUGCCUUUUUAUGUAUGGUUUUCAAUGAUGUGGUGUUUGUUUGAUGACUGUAAAUAUGUAAAUAACGUGUUACUUUCAUUGUACAAUGAUUCUGAGUGACAUGAGCUAAUAAAAAUGUUCACAAUG